AUGCCAUCACUUGAUCUUCACGGAUUUCAUGUUGUUGGUGCAUUGGUAGAAAUGAAUGUCAUGUGUGGGAACAUGGAGAGAGCUCGAUCGUUGUUUGAACAGCUGCCUAAACGUAACGUUGUUUCAUAUUUUUCAAUGAUUCAAGGGUUGUCGAUUCAUGGGCAUGCAUCUCAAGCUGUGGCGCUGGUUGAUAAAAUGCUGGAGGAAGGGAUUGUACCCAAUAAAGUUGCCUUCACAGUGAUCUUAAGUGCUUGCUAUCAUGCCGGUCUAAUUGACCAAAGUUGCCGUUAUUUUAAGUCCAUGGUUAAUCAAUACUUGCUCGAGCCUUCUUCUGAUCACUAUGCUUGUGUCAUUGACCUUUUGGGCCGAUCUCGAGAGCCCAAAAUAGCUUAUGAACUUCUGAAAUCGAUGCCUGUGGAACCACAUGCUGGUGCUUGGGGUGCAUUACUUAGCGCUUGUAAGUUACAUUGUGAACUUGAAUUAGCGAGGGAGGUAUACCGCAGACUUAUUGAGAUUGAACACUUUAAUACUGGUAACUACGUGAUGCUAUCUGACAUUUAUGCUGCUGCAAAUGAGUGGACCGAAGUUGCAGAUUUGAGGGGUAAGAUAAAAGAGAUGAGACUAUCGAAGAUACGUGGUGUUAGUUGGUGGACUUAA